AAAGGUGGGAGUGUACAUCCCACCUUUUAUUAGCAUACAAGAUAGUCGUACACUGGUAGGGAGCCGCUGUAAUGUAAACGUUGAAAUAAUACUAGAAUGUUUUCAAAUGUGGAUUUAUUUGUGUCACGUUCUUCAGCUUUACAACUACAUCAGUUUUUAUGUUCUUAAUAAUUAUGAAACGAGCGCAAAGAGGGGUCAUUUAAUUCAAAUACGUGCUAUGUGUAUAUUUUAAAUAAAACGUGACCUUACUAUUGUUAUUCUGCGAGAAUGCAUAAAAUAUUACAUAUUAAAAUACUUCAUCUUUAAAAUAUACACGUUUUCAAGCAAAGUCAACGAAAUGCUAUUUACGUUUUUGUUUUUUUGUUGUGUAAUUACCAUCCAUGGGUUUCGUCUUCAAGAAGCUCUAGACACCGUCGGAUGUUUAGUACUAUGUAAAAACGAGUUGUGCCGAAAUAAUUGUUCGCAACCUACAGGCGAAUUUCAACCUUAUCCGAAAACAAGCGAAGAAACUGAUGCGAAUAUUACUUUACACUGUAGAGGAAUGAAUACGCUAGUAAUUAAAUAUAAUCCUGGAAGCUAUGUUAUUCAAUCUAGCGCUUCCGUCGAAACUUGGGGUACAGCCACAGUAAGUAAUGGUGGAUUGUCAAUAUUUUCGAACUUGAAACCAGACACGUUUUAUCGUUAUCAGUUACACAGAAUAACAAAGCGCGGCUUUUCAUUAGCCGAAACAUCAAAUUGGUUUUCAACUUAUUCAGCUGAUUACCAACCAAAAUCAGUUGAACACAUUUCACUCGCAAAAAUUAAAGAAGAAAGUAAAAAUGUGUGUCAACUACAAGCGGAAAUUAUUUUUAAACCUGUUGAAGAUCAGAGUUGUAACUAUAAUAUAUUAUCAUGGUCACAGAAACAUGAUUUGAUCAAUUUUGGUUUAAGUAAGCCUAUAGAUUUCCGUUUUCCUCUUCAACACUUACGUUGCAAUCAGAAUAAUACUAUAUCGAUCCGAUCAGGUAAUGAUGAUUUUUCUAAAGUCAGCAAUGCAACGAUAUUUACCUUUGUCACACCAUCAUGCCUACAAAUUUAUCACAACUUAAGUAUUUGCACACCUGAAAAAGUAAAAGGUUUGCGGACUGAGCACAUUCAAAAACAAAGUAAAGGAUUAUAUAAUAUUGCAGUGAAAUGGGAUAAACCCAUUCUACAACCGGACAAUUACACAUUACAAUUUGAUUCGUUUCAAUUCAAACCACGUUUAUUGGUUGUACCUGGAGAUGCAGUCGAAGCUGUCUUCUUAAAUGUUGAUGUAAGAUUGCAGUACGAGAUCAAUAUUGUGGCAGAAUCAAGGGCAGGAGUAAGUUUACAAUCGACUAUAUCCGGAAAUAUCGAUUCUGCAUCAGAAUUAUCAUAUCGCGAGAUUAUCGUAACAUUAUCAAUUGCCGCAUUAAUAAUUGUCGUCGUGGUAUUUGGAAUAAUUUAUAUGCAAUGUCGUAACAAGAAAACUAAGCAAAUUCAUAUGGAAUAUAUGCAUCUUGAGAGUUCUAUAGAUUCUUUGAAGAAACCUUUAAAGAGAAAUUAUAUGCCAGAAAACAUCGAUACUCUUUUGCCACAUGAGAAAUUUCAACUUGCUUCACAACAGCUGAAACUUAAAGGUAUAUUAGGCAGUGGAGCAUAUGGUAUUGUCAGACUUGCCUCGUUGCAAGAUAAAUUCGGUACUAUCACGGACGUAGCUGUUAAAAUGAUGAAAGAUAAUCCGUCAGUAGAGGAUAUAAAAAAUUUUCAUCAAGAGAUUUCAAUGAUGAAAUCCGCCGGUCAGCAUCCGAACAUAGUGUCUUUAAUUGGAUACUGCACUAUGAACAACAAACCUUUAUUAGUAGUGGAAUAUUGUAGCAAAGGUGAUUUGCAAACGUAUUUAAGAACGAUUUGGCAGAAUUUAGUGAAUGCCGUAUUCGAGUGUAGGAUUCACUUGAAAUCCAAUAUGGUUUCUUUCGCUAAUAAGAACGUUGAUCAUGAAAAAUAUGUUUCGAUCUAUAAGAAUACAUAUGCACAUACAAUUGCCAAUCGCUUAUAUGAUAUUCAACAAGAUGUGAUAAAAUGCACAGAAAAUGUUUCUCCCGCCGAUUUAUUGAAUUUUGCUAGGCAAGUAGCUACGGGAAUGGAAUUUUUGUCUUCUAAUCGGAUAGUACAUCGUGAUUUGGCUGCUCGUAAUGUAUUGGUCCAACCAGACAAAAUAGUGAAAAUUUCAGAUUUUGGUCUCAGCCGAGAUAUUUAUCAAGAAAAUGUUUAUCGAAAAAAAGGAAAUGGUAAAUUGCCUUUAAAAUGGAUGGCAAUCGAGGCUUUGACGCAUCAAAUAUAUACUACUUAUAGUGACGUAUGGGCUUUUGGUAUCUUAUUAUGGGAAAUAGUCACUUUAGGUGCUACGCCUUAUCCUAGUACUCCUACAAAUAGAAUUUUACAAUUUCUUAAAUCUGGAUAUCGAAUGGAAAGACCACCAAAUUGUAGUCGAGAAUUAUACAGCAUAAUGUAUUCAUGUUGGAACAUAAGACCACAAAGUAGACCUACCUUCACCGAAUUAAAACUCAGCUUGGAUAAAUUGCUUAGUAAUUACUCAGAAAAUAAAUAUUUGAGUCUCUGCGAUGUUCUACAUGAAACAAUCGAUGAAAAUAACGAAUCAGAAUCGAUUAAUGAACAUUAAAUGUAUAGCAUAAAUAUCAGCUAGCUUAAAAUCAAAUUAAAUUUUAUCAUACGUA